AUGCCUCCAGAAGUUGCUUACAAGUUAAUCAAAGAUGAUCUCUUGAUGGACGGAAAUCCUGUUUUAAACUUGGCAUCAUUCGUUACGACCUUUAUGGAAAAAGAGGCUGAAAAAUUGAUGAGAGAGAAUUUAUCUAAAAAUUUUAUCGAUUAUGAGGAGUAUCCAGCCUCUGUCGAUUUACAAAAUCGCUGCGUCAACAUUAUUGCACGUCUGUUUAACGCACCCAUGGAUCAGAAAGAUUCGGAAGCAAUGGGUGUUUCGACCAUAGGUUCUUCAGAAGCCAUCAUUUUAUCCGUGCUGGCAAUGAAGAAGUUAUGGCAAAAAAGAAGAAUUGCUGAGGGGAAAUCGAUCGAACAUCCUAAUUUGGUUAUGUCUGCUUCAG